CUUCCUGCAAAUACAGGCGCAUAUACAUACAAAUUCUCUAUCUCUAUUCUCCCCUCUCCAAAAACACAAACAAAAUCUCCUCACUCGCAACACAAUUCACACACACCCCCAGCAAAUUCGCGGUUCGUUGAUUUCAAUCAUAGAAAUUGGGGUUCAGUCUGUUUAUUUAGUCAUUGAUAGCUACGGACAGUAUUUAAUUUGAUUAUUUUGGGGAUAUUUUUGGGUGUUAGUAGAGUGACGAAACCCUAGGGAUUUAGGAUUUCGUUACUGGAUUUGAUGGUGAGGGUUUGAAAUUAUUACGUUAUUCCCUGGGGUUCUGUUUGAGGAAUUGCUCUGUUUUUCGAGUGGGGUGGUUUUGAUUGGAUUAUGUUGCUUAUGCGUUGUUGUUGUUGAACAUUGAGAAGCUCGGGAUAUCGGCAGUGAAUUGCUUGGUGAAAUUCGGAAUUUUGGAUUGUGUGUGUGUGGAGGUGCUGGUAAUCGAAUUGGAACUCAAAUUUCACAAUUUAUAUCGUGUGAUUGUCAGUUUUGCUUGGAGAAAUUCAGCUGAUUGUGUAAUUUGGUUGCUGGUGUCGCGGAUAACAAGUUGCUAAGCGAUGAAAUUAGGGUGCUGGUGUGAGAAUUGAUGGCCUAGUGUCUAGAUGUGGUGUGGAAAUUAGUUUUAACUCUCGUUAAGCUAGUAAAUUUGAUCUUUGGUUGUAGUGAAGACACUGAUAUAAUUGAGCUUUUGGGACGCGGCACGUGGCUAUUAAUCUGAGAAGAACAGUUGCAUUUGUUUCUAUUUUUUAUUUUUAUGUGAUAAUGUUUAGUUAUGGAAAGAAGUGAGCCAUCGUUAGUACCUGAAUGGCUGAAAAAUACUGGAAACUCGACUUCUGGAAGCUCUAUAUCUCAUUCAGAUGAUCACCUAGCAUCAAGGGCUGCUAGGAAUAAGUCCUCUUUGAAUGGUAAUGGUCAUGAUCUAGGACGAUCUUUUAGUUCUGAAAGAACUACUUUUUCUUCAUAUUUCCGGCAGAGUUCUAGUAGCAACAGUUCUGGUAAUUUUAGAUCAAACAAUAGUUUUGGGAGGAACCAGCGUGACAGGGACUGGGAGAAGGGCACAUAUGAUUAUCGUGACCAUGACAAUUCAUUUUUGGGUGGGCGCCGGCAUCGGAAAGUUUCAGAUCCACUGGUAGACCCUUCAUUAGGUAAAUUUGAGAGGGAUGGUUUAAGACGUUCUCAGUCCAUGAUAUCUGGGAAGCAUGGAGAUGCAUGGCCGAAAAAAGUUGGUGCUGACUCGGGCAGUGCCAGUGUAAAGAUAUCGAACGGUUUGCCUACUAAGGGCAGCCCUGUUGUCGGGGUGAGCAAAGUUGCUUUUGAGAGAGAUUUUCCAUCACUGGGAGUAGAUGAAAGAGCAGUCGUGUCAGAUAUUGGAAGAGUGCCAUCUCCUGGUUUAAGUACUGCUAUUCAGAGCUUACCUAUUGCUACCUCAGCUUCUUUAGGCGGGGAAAAAUGGACAUCAGCUUUGGCGGAGGUUCCUGUGUUAGUUGAAAGCAAUGGAACAGUCGCAUCAUCUGUGCUCCAAGCAACUGCAUCAAGUUCCACAUCUUUAGGUUCAACCACCAGUCUCAAUAUGGCAGAAGCCGUGGCUCUGGGUCCUAGUCGUGCCCAGACUGCCCCACAGUUAUCUGUUGGAGCUCAGAGACUAGAGGAGCUGGCAAUCAAACAAUCUAGGCAAUUAAUUCCAGUGACUCCCUCAAUGCCAAAAGCUUUGGUGCUGAAUUUUUCUGACAAACCGAAGAGCAAAGUGGGUAUUCAGCAGCAUUCCAUCUCCUCAUCACUUCCUGUAAAUCAGUCUCCUCGAGGUGGACCAGUGAAGGGUGAUUUUUCAAAAGCAUCUAAUGUUGGAAAGCUCCAAGUUCUUAAGCCAGUCCGGGAAAAGAAUGGUGUCAGCCCUGUUGUAAAGGACAACUUGAGCCCAACAAGUAGUAGCUCUGUUGCUGCUUCUCCAUCUGUUUCUGGUUCUGGUUCUUCAGUAACCAAGGUCCCCCCUAAUAGUGCAGUUCCUGACCGUAAGCCUGUGUUAACUUUGCUGGAGAAGCGACCUACCUCUCAAGCUCGAAGUCGAAAUGAUUUUUUUAAUCUAAUGAGAAAGAAGUCUAUGGUGAACCCUGCACCUGCUGAUUCAGCUACUGAAAAUGCCUCUUCUGACUUGGACACUGGCUCAUCCACGUCACCAUCAUUUUCUGAUAAGAAUGCUGAAAUGGAUGUCAUGCCCGCCACGAGUCAGCCCGUGGAAGUGCCAUUGAGUUUAGGCCCAAAUGUAGACCGUUUGCCUGAGGAGAAACCUGGCUCAAUCUGCAAUGGUGAUGCUUCUGAUGUACAAAAGUGUGUGAGCAAUGGUAAGAAGCAUCCUAGCUCCAACCUUAUCCUUCCUGAGGAGGAAGAGGCUGCUUUCCUUCGUUCUCUGGGCUGGGAGGAAAAUAACGAUGAGGGAGGUCUUACAGUAGAAGAAAUCACUGCUUACUACAGGGAUUUGACUAAGUACAUCAAUUCAAACCCGUCCCCUCGAAUACUGCAGAUUGUACAGCUCCUGACUCCUUUUGACUCGCAACUUGUGGGUAUCGAUGAAAUGAGCUCAUCAGAUGAUAUACGUAAACCUUGAUUCCGGAUAUGCUAUUUUUGCCAGAGUUUUUUGUUUAGAUGAAGAGGUCAUCGAUGAUCCUUACUUAUGAUCGCCUCCAAUGACCGUCUUCCCUCUGGGUUCUGAGAUUUGAGUAAAGAGAAUAGAAAUAGAUUUUUAUCAAGUUACUCCAAGAGUCUUGACAGUUUUGGGUUCCUUUUAUUUUUCCAUGAAUAGAACAGUUUAUGUUUUCUUUUAUCUAAUCAAAAAUGCAUAGAAAAGCAAGAAUUUACUCA